AUGGAAUUCAUGACCGCCCUCCGGGGCACCUUCGACGAGGGCAAACCAUCGCUCUUCGAGCUGCUCUCGGAGCAGCAGCUCUCGGCGCUCCUGCCGCCGACCCUCCGGUACCUGCUGGCCCUCCUGACGCACCGCUACCCGCGCCACCUGCUGCGCGUGCUCAACUCGUUCGACGAGCUCUACGCGCUGGCCGCGCUCGCCGUCGAGCGCCACUACCUGCGCACCCGGGGCGGCUCCUUCACCGAGCACUUCUACGGGCUCAAGCGCGAGCGCGCGCUGGCCGCCGAGGUGCCGCGCGCGUCCGCCGCCGCGCCCGCCGCCGUGCGCGACGCCCUGCGCCUGACCCCCGCCGACGUCUGGCGCAACCUCGCCGUCAUCGUCGGCGUGCCGUACCUCAAGCGCAAACUGGACGAGGCCUACGAGCUGGACGCGCCGCGCGCGAUGCUCGGCUCCGCCUACAGCGGCAUCCGGCCGCCGGCCGGCGCCGGGUGGCGGGAGCGCGCGGCGCACUGGUGGCGCUGGUUCCUGCGGCGCGUCUAUCCCGGCGUGAACGCGGCGUAUUACCUGGCGCUGCUGGCGUUCAACCUGGCCUACCUGUUCGACAACUCCAAGUAUCACAGCCCGUUCCUGUGGCUGAUCGGCACGCGGGUGCGGCGGAUGAACGCGGCGGACCACCGCGCGAUCGAGGCGCUGGAGGAGGAGGCGAAGAAGCGGGGCGGGCGGGGGACGGUCGCGGCGCGCCUGCUCGGCGGGCUGUCGCUGGCGCUGCCGACCGGCAUAUUCGCGCUCAAGUUCCUGGAGUGGUGGUAUGCGUCCGACUUUGCGAAGCAAUUGUCGAGAAAGGCGGCCGAAAGCCUGGACCUGCCGCCGCCGGUCGUGACCGGGCUGCCGGACGGCGGGCCGAAGGGGGCGCAACCAAGGCAGAAGGAGAAAAAUGCUGCCGACGCCGACGAGGAGGUGGAGGAAUUGGAUGAAGAGGAGAAAGAGAGGCGAGCAGUGGAGAAGGCGCCGAUUGCGGCGUCUUCGCUCCUGCCCAUCUACACAGUUCCCGCGCCGGACGACUCGGAGCUGUGUCCGAUCUGCGAGGGCGAGAUCACCACCGCGGCGGCGUGCCAGACAGGCAUCGUCUACUGCUACGCCUGCAUCCACAAGUGGAUUACCGGGACACACCCCAGGCAGGAGAAGUUCAUGGCCAAUCGGGUGGGCAAGUGGGAGAGCGGCGAGGGUCGGUGUGCCGUCACGGGGCGCCGCGUCCUUGGCGGGACCGAGGGGCUGAGGAGGGUCAUGGUAUAG